AUGCUCAUUAGGAACGGUUGUGCUGCGACUGCAUUCCCUCCCAAGCUCGGCUCUUUGAGCAGCCCUCGGCCACUGUCUGCAAUAGACAUGUCAUCCACUUGCGGAGACCGCGUGUCAGAGCCAAGCACCAUCAGCGGUGCAAUGCCGACGGUCUCUGAAGAUGCUGGAAGUGCUACGGAGACAGAGCGUACACCGACACCUCAUUGGCGAUCAAAAUUCGAGCAAUCACCUGUGGCGCACCAACGUCAAGCUUCUCGUAUCACAGUACAACUCCACAGACGAGGUCAAAGCGACGUCGGCGUGACGUCGAAGUCUCAGCUUGCGGGCGACGGUGAUAUUCAGAACCGCAAGCAUGAAUUGCCAAGAGGUCCGACUCAAAGCACUGAUGGAGAGUGCAUGGAGGUGCUGAUCAUGGGCAGCCUCCAAGCAGCGGGACCAACUCACCCUUCAGAGCGCACUUCUCGCUCUCGACCUCGCGCCAGCACGUUCAGCAUUCCUAGUUUCCACCCGUCUGUCGCAGAUCCUGCGCCAGAGCGAGAACUUGCCAGCGAGCACCGCAACCGACGUCGCAGCAAAGUCCUCUUUCAACAAAAGCUUGUUGCUCGACACGCACGCAGCGCGUCAAGAAGUGAGACGGGUGAAGUGGUCCACACUGCUUCGUCGCGACCUCGGCGGAGAACGAAGAAGCCCUUACCAUUGGAGCGCCCAGCCGUACCAGCACGUCGAGCAUCGAAGAGCAACGUGCUUGACACUGCUGAAGUCAGGCUCCACAAAGAUCAGCUUCAGCUUGAGUGGGAAGAUCACACGCUAGCUACCGCCAAGCUGUUCAUCGACUGUGGUUACGGCACGCUUUCGGCCCCAUCUAACCUCCACGAAGCUGGCAUGCGAUGGCCGAGCGUCGCUGGACAAGGUGCUCCAGCAUGCUGGAGCGCGAGAAGUACAGGACUGGCGACGCCCAUGUCACGCAUCACCUCGGAAUUUGCAGAAGAGGUAGAGGCGUGGAGCAGCUCGGAUGAAGAGGGGCAUAGCCAAGACCAACGCAGUCGACGUCAGCUGGAGGCUUUCAGCACUCCUCUGUCUAGUCCGCGCACCGCUUUUGACUUCAGCGCUGUCCACCAGGCUCAGGGUAGAAGCCGCGCUGCCCUUCGUAAAUUGCCGCCGUCUUCAUCCGCGACUCUAUACGAGCGAAGGCCUCUACCUCUGCCGCCUGUGUCUGGGUGCGAUGGAUCUGCACUCAUCCCACACUGCACGAGUGAUCUUCUGGAAGUAGGCAAGGAGAGCUCACUUCUUCUCCACCUUGGGCAAAGGAGCACGUGUCAAGAUCUGAUGUCACGAGCCGUUGACCAAGCGGCUGCUCAGAACAUGCUGCGAGUCCGCAGUAGCUCUAGCGUAUCUUCCAACUAUAGCGAAUCAACCUGCGCUUCCAGCUUGAUGUGUAUUCCUGGGGACGAGGUGACGGUAGCGAGGGAAGGCCUAUCGGACUGGUCAUCACCAGCCAGCUCUCUUCCAUCUCUAUACUCACCUGAUGCCUCGCCAAGCAGCUUCAGGGGACGCGAUCUACCUCCCGUGCUCACUAUCAGCCCCGGGGACUGUGCCGACCUCAACAGAACUAGCCUUCAACGGGACUUCUUCGCUGCGCCGGGCAAACACCGUAAGACGUCGGACCAUAACUCAGGCACAGCAGCCCGGCACCUCACCGCCUCACGAGAAGGCGAGAGCAGGCUGGGACCUCACACCCCAGUGCGCGCCGGUAGUCUGCACAGACCAGCACCACAAUCCUGGAACCCUAGCGCCACACUGCUCGGUGCAUGGCUGAGUGACAGUGAUGAUGCCUCGAAGCCCCGCUUCAUCGACCCAUUCUCGGCGGGGCGCGAGCCUCUCAAACACGAGCCAAUGCCGGUGGUGCCUCCCAAAGGCUCUGCCAUGUUGCGACUACAUUCUACCCCAGUCACGGGCACUGGCCCCGCGGCAGGAUUUGGAGAUUCGCGCUCGCUCGCUGCUUUCGUCGCCGAUGCUGAGCAGAGCGCAGCAAGGAGCCAGUCGACCCCAGACGCUGCGCCCACCAAGACGGGCUCCACCUUCUUUCGCCGCUUCGAGCGUGCACCUCGAAGCGCAGCACCUCUACGUGCCCGAGCGUCGGAUGCGUCAAUUGAUAUCUCUCGGAGACACUGCGAUUCGGUCAUAUCAAAUCAUCCUGUGUCGAGGUCAUCGAGCCCCUAUCUUCAGCCAUCUGCGGCGGCUUCGCAAUCGCGGCUAGGAGCCAAAAGCUUCGGGCGUAGCAGCUUCUCACGUCUCCGAACAUCUGGUACCGCUGGUCUUGCUGCACUCGCAUCAGUUAUGGACAAGAACCCGGGUGAAACAAGAUCGGCCGGCCGAGCACCAGACGAUAGUGGGUAUAUCACCGACUCCCAGAAUCGAGAGCCGGCAGCUGCCAAAUCAAGUCAUAGUCUAUUAUCAGUUGCUGGAGAGCCAAGCAGUCUCCGACUUGGAGUGAGCCGAUCGGGAUCUCGACUUGGCCUCACGAACUUAGGCUGGUCGCGAGAUCGCAAAGACUCUAGCAGGACAUGUGUCGACCAAGACCCAACGCGCUCCCGCACACCUAGCAUAUCACGUGCGCUUUGGGCUUGA